AUGACAGAAAUUUGCAUUGUUUGUAAUGCAUAGAUCUUGUAUUUCAGAAAUUUUGUCUUAGAAAUUUGGAGUUUCAACAUCAUAUUUUAUCUAGAGUGAUUCUGAGAAAUAUAUCUUAUGUUAAAUAUUUCAAUAUGCUUGUAUCCAUGAUUAAGAUUUAAAUGAAAAUGUUUUUUUUUUUUCAAAUAGGAUCACAGGCAGGUUAUUCUGAGUAUUUUGCAGUGCUGUAAGCUGACUGUCAAUGCAGUUUCAUAAUGCACAUUUAUAAUCAUAGUAUUGCAACAAAGAGAGCCAAAUUAAUCUUGAUUGCCUUGAUUUGUUCAAAUGUUUUGAUUUCCAGAAUGUGGAAAUCCAGAGAUUCUAGGAAAUGAGUAUGAACAUCUGGGAGUGAUGGCUGAAUUUUACUUGUUUGCAACUGUUUUAGUCUGAAGAACACUGAUAUCUUCCAUUACUCAGCCCCACUGACGCUGCCAAACCUCUCCACCCCCCAACGCCUGGAUAAAGAUGGACACCCAAACAAUGGAAGGAUUUUCACAGUUUUACAACCAGUCAUCUGAAGAUUGUGGAGGUGCAACAGAUUUGGAGAACAUGAUUUUUGGGAGUUACUACAUCCUAAUCUUUUUCUUGGCUUUGAAUGGGAACAGCUUGGCCCUCUGGAUCUUCUCCUGCCAGCGUGGAGUUGCUUCCCCAGCCAAUGCCUUUCUGCUACAUCUUGCCAUUGCUGACCUUUCCUAUGUCAUCAUUUUGCCCCUUCGAGCCACUUACCAUCUGACAGGGGGGCACUGGCCAUUUGGUGAAAUUCCUUGCAGAGUUGUGGGCUUCCUGUUCUACGUUAACAUGUAUGCUAGUAUAUACUUCCUGGCUUGCGUAGCUGGUGAUCGAUACCUUGCUGUGGUCCAUGCGGUGAGAUCUUUAAAGAUCCGUCGACCUCUGUAUGCUCACAUUGCUAGUGGUUCCCUCUGGUUCCUGGUUAUCGUGUCCAUGGUGCCCCUACUGUUCAGCCAGCAGACAUCUGAGAUGGAGGGGGUGACUGUGUGCUUGCAACUGUAUCGUGAGAAAGCUUCCCAUCAUGCUCUCAUCUCUCUGGCAGUAGCUUUCAUCCCCCCAUUCAUAGCCACUCUGUCCUUCUACCUUCUUAUCAUUCGUAGCCUGUGCAGGAGUUCUAGGUUAGAGUCAGCUCUCAAGCUCAAGAUCCUGGGCACCAUUGGACUGGUGCUGCUCAUCUACGUGGUGUGCUUCAUGCCGUAUCAUGCCAGUCGAACAAUUUACAUCCUGAGCUAUGGUCACCCCAGUACAUCCUGUGAGACUAAGAGGCGCCUGAUGCUAGCCAAUCGUCUCACUUCUUCCCUAACCUGCAUGAAUGGUGCCCUGGAUCCCUUAGUCUAUCUAUUUGGGGCAGAAAAAUUCCAGGGAAGUCUGCAGAGGCUUCUUUGCAGGGGGAAGGCAAGGGGUUCUGGUGCUACCAGUGGGGACCUGAAGGGAACGCAUGACAGCUCUCUGAGUGCCAAAUCUGAGCUCUGAAGAUCCACACUAAGCCUGGAAUUUGAAAUAAACAUCAGUGAUAAUCUUAUAUUUUGUGAAUAGUUUGUUAGUCUCCCCAAAACAUGAUGGAAUGUUUUUCUUUUCACUGUACAUUUUUCUAAAACAAAAUUUUGCUCAUUUGACCUUCUGUGUUGUGUUCAGGGUUUUGGACAGAUGAAAAUGCAAACUCAGCAUUAACAAUUGUUUCACGUUGCUAGUGGGAUUUAUAUGUACCCCACCCUAUAUAAAUAUUUUAUCAAGCUUCAACCAUAGUAUAUUGAACCUUCAAAAUCUUAACUGUUCUUUUUUGGCAUUAAAUAGUUCUCUUUCUUCAUUUUGCCAUAUGAUUUUAUAAUAGCUUAUUUAAAAAUAAAUUUCAGCAAAGGAAUUCUCUUACUGAGUUACGAAAUUAUGAUUGGUCAAAUUAAAGUUUUGAGUUGUUCGACUGCACACACACACAGUGUGCCUUGUUAUGGACAGCCACCCUGUUCAGGCUGGGCUCCAGUGUCUCAUCCAAUCCUGUAAUGAUGGAUGGAUGGAUGGAUGGAUGGAUGGAUGUUUUAAAUAACAUUCUAUGAUUCUUGAGGGUAGCAGUAUCGCCUUACACCUCCAGGAUUGGGAGGUGGACUCCUGCAUUUGCUGUGUGUGUGUGUGUGUGUGUGUGUGUGUGUGUGUGUGUAUGUGUGUGGGUGUGUGUGUGUAUGUGCGUGUGUGUGUGUAUGCGUGUGUGUGUGUGUGUGUGUGUGUGUGUGUGUGUGCGUGUGUGUGUGUGUGUGUGUGUGUGUGCAGUUUGUAUGUUCUCCCUGUCUCAUGUGGGUGUCCUCUUGCAGUCCAAGGGCAUUCAGUUAGGUUAACUGGCUUCUGUACAUUAGCUAUAGUGUAUGAGUGUGUGUGCAUGUACAGUAUGUUUCCUACAACAGGCUGGCACCCCAUCCAGGGAGCAGCCCAGCAUUGUCCCCUAUGCUGCCUGGGACAGGCUCUAGGCCCCCUGCGACCCUCACCAGGAUACAUAUUUGGUAGAGCAAUGGAUGGACAUUAUGCAUCAUCUGCUAGUGGUUACUCAAAAAAGGAAACAAUAGCAAGGACUGUUAUCAGCUAUCAGUUUACGCAUCACGAUUGCAUCCUUUAACCGUGCUUCGUCCGUGUCAUCUCAAAAAUAGCUAGUUUGCAUUCUUUCCACUAUUUAUUCUAGCACUUGUUACAUGUAAAUCAAUAAAAUGCUAAAGUGAUGUGUCUGCAUGUGUUUUAUUACAGUAUUAUUAAAGUUUAAAUUUAAGUUGAAAAAUGCUGUUGGUGGUUUGGAGGAUGGGGUCAUCCCAUAAAUGACAUGAAAAAUGAUUUGAUUAGCUAAAUAAUAAAGCUAAUGAAGUUGUUUUUUGUUCUCA